GGUUCAACCUCACAACAGCCGACGGGAAAAACGUCUUCCCCUCCCUCCUCUCCUUCGACGGCCACCCCUGCUCCAUACCAGACCACUUCCCAGUCUCAGCCUCACAGCAGCUGACGGGAAAAGCCUCUUCCCCUCCCUCCUCUCCUUCGACGGUUACCCUUGUUCCGUGCUCCCACUCUUCCCUCUCUCCUGACCCUCAUUCUUUCCUCCCUCUCUUCCUUCCGUCUUACUCUCUUCCCUCUCUCCUUGCUUUGCAGUUCGCUCUGCUCCCAGGGUUCAACCUCACAGCAGCUGACGGAAAGCACCUCUUCCCCUCACUCCUCUCCUUCGACGGCUAUCCUUGCUCCAUGCCAGAUCACUUCCCGCUCCUCCCUCCGCCUCAGCCGCCCUCCACGGCCAUCCCAACGCGAUACAUCGCUGUCAUUGUGGCCGUGCUGCUCGCUGCUGUGCUCAUGCUCGGCCCGCCCGCCACGGCCAUUCCCCUGCGAUACAUUGCUGUGAUUGUCACUGUGCUGCUCGCUGCUGUGCUCAUGUUUGGUGUGCUGUGCUCAUGUUUGGUGUGCUGUGCUCAUGUUUGGUGUGCUGUGCUCAUGUUUGGUGUGCUGUGCUCAUGUUUGGUGUGCUGUGCUCAUGUUUGGUGUGCUGUGCUCGUGUUUGGUGUGCUGUGCUCGUGUUUGGUGUGCUGUGCUCGUGUUUGGUGUGCUGUGCUCGUGUUUGGUGUGCUGUGCUCGUGUUUGGUGUGCUGUGCUCGUGUUUGGUGUGCUGUGCUCAUGUUUGGUGUGCUGUGCUCGUGUUUGGUGUGCUGUGCUCAUGUUUGGUGUGCUGUGCUCAUGUUUGGUGUGCUGUGCUCAUGUUUGGUGUGCUGUGCUCAUGUUUGGUGUGGUGUGCGCUUCUAG